AUGUUGGACCCUCGGACGUUUCCUCGUCCUCCUGCCCUACAGCAGAUCAAGAAGAAUAUACUGAUCAAAUUCCCUGGCCCUGAUGGUCCCACCAUUGCUUCUACCGACCGUGCCUAUUGGGUGCUCGAGACAUACCAUCCACCCACCUACUACUUACCCCCAGCCUCCAUCAAGUUGGUCAUGACUCCCACAUCCCGACGCACCUUUUGCGAAUGGAAAGGCGUCGCCAACUACUUUACCUUCAAGACACCAGCAGGCGAUUUGGUAGACAGUCGUGCUUGGACCUAUAACGAGCCCACUCCAACCUUUACAGACAUUAAAGGCUACGUGUCAUUCUACGCCGACCCACGAUGGGAGUGCUACGUCGAUGGAGAACUGGUCGAGCCACAGCCAGGUGACUUUUAUGGAGGCUGGAUGACCAGCGAUAUUAUAAGAAAGUCUGUCAAGGGCGCACCAGGCACCAGAGGCUGGUAG